AUGCGUUCAUUGCUCCAACGCAUCGCGGCCUUCGAGAGGAGACGUGUGGCCAUGGACUGCCCCCCCUUGACCUUAACAUUGGAUGUACGUACCCGUUGGAAUUCGACAUACGACAUGUUGAAUCGUGCUGUUAAGCUGAAGGAUGCGUACAUGGCGAUGGCAGCACCUGGGACAGAGCUCGAGGCGUUUGCAUUGUCAUUGUCAGAGUGGAUACGUAUACAAGAUUGCAUUGGGGUGCUGUAUCCAUUCGAGCAGGCCACCCAGACCUUGUCAGCAUGCAAGGCCCAUGCAUUGGUGAACAUGACAAUCCUAUGUUACAAUCGAGUCUUGGAUGCUCUGGAUAAGCUUGUAGCAACUUUCCCUGCAGCCUUUUUACGUGAACAGCAGAUAGCCAUUGUGUAG